CUUUUUUUUAUAAAAAUCAACUAAAAAUCUGUCGAUAUCUGAAAGCAAAUGACAUAGAGAUAUUAUCGCUUUUGAUAAGUUUUAUUAGAACCAGUGGAAUGGAAUUUUUUUGCGGAGUCAGGUUUACAGCAAAAAGCUCAGUGGACGGAGUUUUUGUUUGCAUUGUUGAAAUAAUGUAAUUCAAUAUUAAGUCAUUUUCAUGUUCUUGAGAUAGCGCCUCUACCGGUCUAUUGUAAUUCUAUCUGCGUGAUUUCCUCUCUAGUGAUUAUUAUUAAUUCCUAGCUUCGCGCUAUAACGGUUUUUGUGAUAUACGCAGUUAAAUAAAUAAAGUGGAUACAUUUUAUUCAGUGUGCAUUUUUCUAAACUCAAAAUUCAUAAAUUUCAACAACAAAUAUUUGAGUGUAUAAGAAAUAAAAAUGUUCUUGAAUACGCCCUUCUUCGUUGUAGUGUUAAUCAUCGUUUUCACGCUCUGGAAAGAAAAGUUUACAUCAUACAAAACGACUUGUCGACGAUUGAUUGCAUUUAAAUAAAUUAUGUUUUACUGCACACGUAUGUCGGAAAGUAGUAAACCAAUUAUUUCGCCAAGUCAAGAACAAGUGAUAUACGAAGGAGAAACUUUGGAAAUUACGUGUAAUGGUUCCACGCGAAUUCAAUUUAUUUAUCCAAAUACUAUUAAAGAUGUGAUUAAUACUUCAACUCCGAAAAUAAUUGAUACUGAAGAAAAUGGCGUUUACAAAUUUGUUUUUCAACGACCAAAUACUGUUUUCGGCGAUACAGGUUGGUACGGUUGUGCGGACUAUAACGUUGACAUUAUUCCAAAUUCUUACGACAAUCCCGAAGUGAACUGGAUAUAUGUUUAUGUAAAAUCUAAUACACAUUUCUUUGUGGAAGCGGACACCAAUGCUCACCUAAGUGCAAUUGUUGGUAAUGAUAUUGCAAUACCAUGUAAAACUACAUCACCAGAUAUAGUACCCAUUUUAUAUGUCAAUGAUGAUAAAGAGACGAAGAAACCAUUUGAUCCGAGAAUUGGUUUUAUGAUCAAGAACCUGACAAUGAAAAAUAACGAUCGGUAUAGAUGUUCGAUAGAAAAGGAUGGCAUAUUGCAUGAGGUCAAUUACGUAUUGUUCGUGGAUCAAAUCUUGCCCGAACCAAUAAUCGACGACGGCACUUUGCACCACGUUAUUCGCGGAGAAAAUCUCCAUGUAAAUUGUACUGUGCAGGUAGACACGUCUAUGCGAUACACAUUCGAUUGGAUCACACCUCAACAGAAUAGCAGUAGAAUAAAGAUUCAUCAUUUUAGAAAAGAUCUCGACAGAAACAAUCUCGAAGUUACGCGUCAGUUGACGGUAUUGAAUGUGACGAAUGAGGAUGAGGGAGAAUAUGAGUGCUUCAUUAGAUCGGAUAACGACAUAAAAAAAACGACGAGAAACAUCAUGAUACAUGAUAUUCGUGGAAGAUACAUUAAUCUUACAUCUCAACAUCCUGUCAAACUUUAUCAACAAGAAAUCGGCAGUAAAGUAGAAUGGGUUGUUUUUUUUAAUGGAUAUCCUAAACCUCGUCUGAAAUGGUAUAAGUACAACUACAAACUUGUAGAGGAAGAUAAUUAUUCCAUAAAUACAUCAUCAACAUUUACUAUUUUUAAAAUAAAGUCAUUAAGGAAGAUGGACGAAGGAGUUUAUACACUAGUAGCUGAAAACCAUUACAUAACUAAAAAAUUAAAUUUUACAUUAAAAGUUACAGUUAAACCAAUUCCUAUAUUGUAUAACAUUAAAUCUUAUUAUGCACCUAAUGAGAAUGCAGAACUGCAUUGUACAUCACUAUCAUAUGUGUUUUCAAAUAUAACAUGGAAUUUUCUAAAAUGUAUUGAUUUUCCGUCAUGUAAAAAUUCAACAACUAUCCAACUGACAGAUGCAAAUUUUACGAGUGAAGGAAUUUUGAUGUUCUACAAAAGAUUUGCUUCAAAAGUAAAAAUGCCUAUCGAAAUGUCGGGAAAAAUAACAUGUGUAGCCUGCAAUGCUGUUGGUUGUGAUGUUUCAGUUUCAUCAAUUUUUGUUUCCGAUGGAAUAGGUAAUUUUUCAAUUAUUGGACCAAAAGAGUUGGUGAUAAAAGGUGACGACGUAGAAUUUACAUGUGUUGCUUCCGUUUCUUACUAUACAGACAAACUUAAGUGGGAAAAUUCGAAUAAAACGUUACUUGCCGAAUCAGAAAGACUACAUAUUGUGCAAAAUAAAACUUUGUUCUCUCAUCGAUCAACUGUAAAGAUCAAUAAUGUCCAAAAAUCUGAUGCUAUGGCUUAUAUUUGUGUCGGACAAUUCACGAGCGAUUCAGAUACUAUUGCAGAUGAAACCUAUGAAUUAGUUGUACAUGAUCCUGUACGACCAUUUUUCGACGAAACUAAUAUGAACAAAACCGAAGUGAGAGACAUAGAUAGAAUUGCGGACGAUUAUAGUACACUGACAUUAAAAUGUUUUGUAAAUGGGAUGCCUAAACCAAAUGUGACUUGGUACAAAGACAAUACAACGUUGAAAGAAAAUGAUCAAUAUUCAUUUAAGUCUGAUCAUCAAGAGCUUUACAUUAAAUAUUUAAAGCAAAACGAUUACGGAAAAUAUCUGUGCCGCGCUACUAAUCGAUUUGGCACCAACGAAACUUAUCAACAAAUAAGAAUUACAAAUAUAAGUGCUGUAGAUAAUUUUUCUAUCAUCGGUCCAAAAGAAUCGGUGAUAAAAGGUGAUAAUGUAUCAGAGAUUACAUGUGUUGCUUCCAUUUCUUACUAUACAGCCGAGCUUACGUGGGUGAACUUAACUGAAACAGAAAGACUACGUAUUGUGCAAAACAACACUCUAUUUACUUAUCGAUCAACUUUGGAAAUCAUUAAUGUUCAAGAAUCAGAUGCAAAAGAUUAUACUUGUGUCGGAAUAUAUAUAUCGAACAACGUAGCUUUUCUUCAAACUAGACAUUAUGAAUUAGUUGUGCAUGAUCCUGUAUCACCAUUUUUCUACAAAACUAAUAUGAACGAAACCAUAGCAAGAGAUAUUGAAAUGAUUCCAGGACGCAAUGAAACUGUAACAUUACAAUGUUUUGCAAAAGGAAUGCCUAUACCAAUAAUGGCUUGGUUCAAAGACAACACACUAUUGGAAGAAAAUGAUCAAUAUUCUUUUCAAUCGAAUUAUCAAGAGCUUAAUAUCAAACAUUUAAACAAAUACAAUGGCGGAAAAUAUUUAUGCCGCGCUACUAAUCGUUUUGGUUUCAAGGAAACUUACCAGUUGAUAAUUAUAAAAAGUGUAAAAAUUGAAGAACAAAAACUUGAUGUAAUAUUAGCUAUUUCAAUAGCUCUUUUGAGUAUCAUCUCAGUGAUUUUAGCAAUCUUUAUCACAAUUAAAGUUCGUCGUGAAAAGAAAUUGAAGAGGGAAUUAAUGGAAGCAGGUCUUAUGCACUUUGUAGAUGGUGCUACGGAAUGUUUAAAUCCGGAUCUGACAAUUGACGAACAAGCGGAAUUACUUCCAUAUGAUAAAAAUUAUGAAUUUCCACGGGGGCGAUUAAAACUCGGAAAACAAUUAGGUAGCGGUGCGUUUGGUGUAGUAAUGAAGGCGGAAGCGCUAGGAAUAUGCAAAAAUGAGAUGGUCACUACCGUGGCCGUAAAAAUCGUUCGUCGGACCACCGAUCUAACUUAUAUCCGCGCACUUUCGAAUGAAUUAAAAAUAAUGAUACAUCUGGGCAAGCAUCUCAAUGUUGUCAAUCUUCUUGGUGCUUGUACUAAAAAUAUUUUCAAACAUGAAUUGCUGGUGAUUGUGGAAUAUUGCUGUUUCGGAAAUCUGCAAAGUUAUCUCUUAAAACAUAGAACCAAGUUUAUUAAUCAAAUUGAUUCCAAUGGAAAAAUCGUAAAUAAUAUCAGUACGGAUAUACUGACAAAAACAGCUAAUGUCAAUAGCAAUAACAGUUUUGAUUUAAAUUCAGACUCCGAUACAGCAAUCCGUUAUUGUCCGAAAACUGUAAAUACAGAUUAUGAAGAAACCAGCUGCUCGACAGACGGAUACAUUUUCAGUGAUAAUUCAUCUCAACCAGAUUGGAGGUCAAAUUAUCGCGGUGACUACAAAGAUCAAAAUUUCAAACCCAUUUGCACUCAAGACUUGUUAUCUUGGGCAUUUCAAGUAGCACGUGGAAUGGAAUAUCUCAGUCAAAGAAAGGUGUUACACGGUGAUUUAGCAGCAAGAAAUAUUUUGCUUACCGAAGACAAUGUAGUGAAAAUUUGCGAUUUUGGUCUUGCAAAAAGUAUGUACAAAGAUGGCAAUUACAAGAAAAAAAGCGACGGCCCAUUGCCAAUAAAGUGGAUGGCUAUUGAAUCGAUGAAAGAUUUUAUGUUUUCUACGCAGUCCGAUGUGUGGUCUUUUGGUAUAAUGCUGUGGGAAUUUUUUACCUUAGCUGAGACACCGUAUCCCGGCAUAGAAGUUGAAAAACUAUAUCAAAAGUUAAUCGAGGGUUACAGAAUGGAACAGCCAGAAUACGCUUCUCUCGAAAUAUAUGACAUAAUGUUACAAUGUUGGAAGGCUGAACCCAUUUUACGCCCAGGUUUCACGAAUCUUGUGGAGAGUAUUAGCAAUUUAAUAGAAGAAAAUAUGAAGUCGCAUUACAUCAGUUUGAACAUACCGUAUAUGAACUUGAAUGCAAUGGAAAGUGGCAAAACUGAUUACCUUACAUUGAUAUCUGCACCGGAUCACGCAACUCUAUCGUCAUCGCCUCAGGAUAAUGUAAACACGCCGUUGUUGGAAGAUGCACCAAAUUCGGCAUAUUUAAGGAUAAAUCCUAGCUGUAAGACAGAUGAGUCCUUAAUACUCAGCUCUACGCCGCAUCAGGACCACUCAGAAUUACCAUCAUCCACGUCAGAUUCGGAGGGCACUUUUAAGUUAUCUCCGAUUAAACAAACUGACGAGAUAAAAUCAACCGAGCAAUUCAAUGCGGAACAGAUUGAUUCAAAAAGCAAUGAGUAUACAUUGUCUGUUAUAUGUACGCCGGAUAAUUACAUAAAUAAGUUGAAACAAAAAAGAGACCUGAGCAAGAAUAAGCCGGAUAGCUUUAGCAAUCCUAAUUAUGUGAUGCAAAACAAUUGCGAGAUAGAUCAGACAAUAUAGUCUGUUACGCUCUAUCCAUUUAGCAAUCUCAAUCGUAUAUUUAUAAGUAACAAAAUAUAAAUUAUAGUUUCUUGUUUUUAUUGAUUUAUUUUAGUUAAUAUUAACUUUAUUGAUUUAUUAUUUGUGUUUGUUCUUACUUCAUAUUAAUUCGUAAAUAAAGAAACACUUAAAUAUAAGUAAGAAAAUAUAAUAAAUAUAAAUAAUAUAAAAUAAAAUAUACUUUUAUAGCAAAAAUCGGAUCCAAUUCUGCUUUAAACAGCUUCAUAUUUUUGUUUGAAUUCCGAUUUUCAAUACCGAUUACCAUAAAGAAAUUGUUAAAAGCUGUUAUGAAUAUCGUGAACGUUUACGCAUAUGGCAAUUAGCAAGAGAAAUAAUUAUUUAUACAGCCUAUAUAAUUUUUUUACGAGAAGAUUUUAAAUUUAUUUAAAAUAAUAU